GUCUUGUCAGUGCGAUGCGAGCGUCUGGAUGCUGUUUGUGUAUUUACACCAAGAGCACUUGAGCUACGCCGGCUUUUACGGAGUUGAAACGCGGUAAGGAGAGUGGAGGAAAACAGCGAUCUUUGAGCUGUGGAUUGCGCUGUGUGAACUGUUUCUGGGAUGGCUCACAGACUAACACACAGAGCCUGCUCCUGGUCUGUGGCUGCAGGGCAGUGAGCUGCACCAUGACACACUCCAACAGCAGCCUCCUGACGGGAAACUCCAGUGGAGCUUUAGAUGGAUACGACUCUGGAGGCAACAUCUACAAACCCUUCUCCGUUUUCAGUGUGCUCACGCUCACUCUACUGGCCAUGCUGGCCGUGGCCACCUUUGUGUGGAACCUGCUGGUGCUGGUGACCAUCCUGAGGGUGAGGACAUUCCACCGGGUGCCUCAUAACCUGGUGGCCUCCAUGGCCAUCUCCGAUGUGAUGGUGGCCGCCCUGGUGAUGCCCCUGAGCCUGGUGCACGAACUGAAUGGUCGACUGUGGAAGCUGGGCCGGGUGCUGUGUCAGGUGUGGAUCUCCUUUGACGUGCUGUGCUGCACAGCCAGCAUCUGGAAUGUGACUGCAAUAGCACUGGACCGAUACUGGUCUAUCACUAGACACCUGCAGUACACGCUCAAGACACGCAAGAAGAUCUCCAACAUUAUGAUUGUGCUAACGUGGGUGUUGUCCUCCAUCAUCUCUCUAUCACCUCUGUUCGGCUGGGGUGAGACCUACUCAGAAGGGAUGAAGUGCCAAGUGAGCCAGGAGCCCUCCUACACCAUCUUCUCGACCUUCUCCGCCUUCUACCUGCCCCUGUGUGUGGUGCUCUUUGUCUACUGGAAGAUCUACAAGGCAGCAAAGUUCAGGAUCGGCUCCCGCAAGACGAACAGCAUCACACCCAUGGCUGAGGUAAAGGAUGAAACUCAGCAACCGCAGAUGGUGUUUACGGCACGCCACGCCACUGUGACCUUCCAGACGGAUGGGGACACAUGGCGCGAGCAGAAGGAGAAGAAGGCAGCCCUAAUGGUGGGCAUUUUGAUCGGGGUCUUCGUCCUCUGCUGGAUCCCCUUCUUCAUCACGGAGCUCAUAGUGCCGCUAUGCUCCUGUGACAUACCGCCCAUCUGGAAAAGUAUCUUCCUCUGGUUAGGGUACUCCAACUCAUUCUUCAACCCCUUAAUAUACACAGCCUUUAACAAGAACUACAAUAAUGCCCUGAGGAACCUGUUCUCACGACAGCGCUGACUGGGACACUACUGGGCAUGCUCAGUAGAGACAUUUUCACUGU